AUGUCCCUAGCAGCAAAAGUCGUCAAAGGAGCUACACUCAAGAACCCACGUCCCCGGAAAGCCGUCCUCACCCUCACCCCUUCGGCAGUUCAACGUCUACGCACAUUGACAGAGGGUCCAGAGCCAAAGAUGGUCCGUGUCGGGAUCCGGACCAAGGGCUGUUCAGGCCAGCAAUACCAACUCGAUUACACCACCAAGAGAGAGAAAUUCGACGAGGAGGUUAAACAAGAUGGUGUAACGGUACUGGUGGACAAUAAGGCACUACUGUCGGUUCUUGGAUCAGAGAUGGAUUAUGUCGAGGACAAGCUGUCAGCGCAGUUUGUGUUUAAUAAUCCAAAUGUCAAGGAGUCCUGCGGAUGCGGUCAAAGCUUCAUGACCUGA